CAGAUUUCAAACCACGCCCCCAAACGUGUACGCGUAUUUUGAUUGGUCGGUGAGGCACAUUCUCAAAUAGCAUGAACAAAAAGUUAACAAACUUUUAACUGUAGAGUUGAUAUUUAUUCGUAAAUAACAACAAAAUCGUGCAUGCACGGUUUAACAAAAUAAUAUCAAGUUAGCGGUUUUCUAACAGGACGUUAGUGUUGUGUUUUGCUUAGUAAAUUGCAAGUUGUGAACAUUUGCGUGUCGAGUCGGAUGCGAGUUGGAGUAACAUUUUCAGGGGGGAAAAACUACAAUGUCACUUGAUAAAAAACACUCGAUUUAUGAAAACAAGCACAACGACGAGUUAAAAAAUAUAAAAAGCAGCAUAACUAAUGGAGACGGUAGGCAGAAAGCGAGAGCAGUCUGUCGGGUGUGUGAUCGGAUGUAUCGCGACCCUAAACUUCUGCCCUGCUUGCAUACAUUCUGUGCGGACUGCGUGCGUCAGCUCGAGCCGUUUGCUGUGCGCGGUGUGAACGGCAAUCUCAGCCCUGAAGAUGACACUGCCAGACGGGACUCUGUUACUGUCCUGUGUCCCGAGUGUGAUUCAGAGGUGGACCUGCCUUCAUCGGGGGUAGAUGGGCUGACCACUGAUCAUCUGGCGCUGGACGAGGUUUUCGCGGAGACUCUGUUGAUUAAUAACAGCGUUUUGUGCGACCUGUGCAGCGACGGCGACGCGGGGAAGCGUUGUGAGGUUUGUUGCGUCAAUCUCUGCGACUUCUGCAGUCAAGCACACAGAAGACAGAACCGGACCUCUUCUCACUCCAUCCAAAAUCUCCAGGACUUAAAAUCUCAGGGUCGUCUCACUAGGCCUGUCCUAUGUUCACUUCAUCCUGGCCAGGAGUUACGACUCUUCUGCGAGCCCUGCGACCUCACUGUGUGCCUGGAGUGUGCAGCCACCUUUCACCGUGACCACCACUGUAGCCCCGCCCAUGAGGUCAUCAGUCAUCACGGAGAUCGCAUCAGGGAUUUGGUUGUCAGGACAUUAAGGCCUCGUCUCUCUCGUUUGGAGGAGACUUUAAGACGCGUUGACGUAUCCCAAGAGGCAUUGCAGGUGAGAACCGACACGUUGGCGGGCGAGAUUCGGGCGUUUGCUCGGAGCUACGCCACCGCCGUGGAGAUGCAUUGCCGCUCUCUGCUGCGUUCACUGGAAGAUCUGAGGUUGCAGCGCAGAAACCAGUUACAUCUGCAGAAAGCUCAGCUGCAGCAGGCCGUGUCUGAUGUCCGAGGUGGAGUAGAUUUCGCAGAACGCUUGCUGACGUGCGGUUCAGAUGCAGAAAUUCUCAAUGCCAAGGGGGUUACUAUGAGGAGACUGAUGAACCUAGUGGAAUCAGGAUUUGACUCGCACCCAAUGACAGUCGCCCAUGACAACGCCAGCAGCAUCUGUUUCCUACCACGGGAGAGUGCUGGGGAAGUGGAGGGGUUUCCUGUGGUAGGAGUCAUACAUGCCAAAGUUGUAGAUCCCAGCAAGUGCACUAUCCAGGGAGAAGGCGUAGAGCGAGGUCAUGAAGGUCAGCGAGGGGAGUUCACGCUGGUGUGCAGAGACUCCUCAGGAGAACAGAUGGGCAGAGGAGGUGACCCUGUGCUAGUCAGCAUAGUGCACAAGGAGAGGAAGGGCUGCACUGUGGAGGCGGUUGUAGUUGAUAAUGGUGAUGGCUCUUACAGUGUCUCCUACACACCAGUUGAACCAGGUGUCUACUCUGUGUGGGUCUGUGUUAAAGCUCAGCACGUCCAGGGUUCACCUUUCGUGCUAAAUGUGAAGAGAAAGUUCAGACGUCACAGUGGCAUAUUCCAUUGUUGCUCUUUCUGCUCAAGUGGGGGCGCCAAAGAGGCACGCUGCGGCUGCACAGGAACCAUGCCAGGUGGGUUUCAAGGUUGUGGACAUGGCCAUAAAGGACACCCUGGUAAGUCCCACUGGUCAUGCUGUGGAAGUGUGGUGGAGGUCUCUGAGUGUAUUCUGCAUAAUCUGGGUGCAGUUUCUCCUCGUGGACACCUCAAGACAGUAGAGCUCUGAAAGAAACAUCUGCACCAUAAAGCUUGAUGCACAUACUCUAAUCUUUUUACAGAGACAAUAAACAAACUAUAAUAUAAAAUGUAUAAUAUAAAUAAAUACUUUUCCCAUGCCAUAUACAGUACAUUUUGCAUACCAUGGAUAAUAAAAAUAAAAUUUUAUUCA